UCGACACGCACACAGUGCAAAAGGAGCGUUCAGUGCCUGAAGAAGAAGAAGAGUGCUCAGCUUCAUCAGCGCCCGCACGCACGAGCCUGCGCUCUGUAGUCUACUUUGACAGAGUUGUUUCUCCUCGUUAGACACAGCGUGAGGGGCACAGGCCGUGCGGAGGAAUGCUUAGGGACAAGUGUCUCUGAGGGCAGCUGGCUGCUUAUGAUGCGAAGAGAACAAGUCUCUCGAGUUUGUGGCAAUGAUCGCUCCAGAGACGGACCCUGAGACCGACUGCAUGGAUUCACUGACUGAGUGACAUUUGUUUUCUUGCUACCCAUCACAGGGAAUUAUUUUGUGUCGUGGCCAGUCUGUUCAAAAUUGGAAUAUUGUUGGGGACCGAGGAUUUGAUGAGACGCAUGUGGAGUUGAAUGAGGAUAUUUAUUUUGUUACUCUUUGCUUGGGUCAAGGAUUCUGACUGAGCUGUCAGUCCGUCAAGGCGGGAAUAUUAAUCAAAUUGGACCCAAAGUCUUCAGCUCAUCGCCCAUCAAGUUCAUGAUGAAGUCUGGCACUGUGUGGAUGUGCACCUAUGUCUGCGUCCUGUUCUUAGAGGAGGCUGUGAGUUCCUGGGAUAGCCCUCCUUCUGUGUCUGUGUCCUUGCUCAAUGACAGCCCUGUGGCAGCCGGGCCUCUGCCUAGCGCUCAGCCUGAAUGGGUGGACUGCAUCCAGGCCAGUGACAUGUGCAACCAGAACCCCCAUUGCAGCUCUCGAUACCGGGUCAUGCGCCAGUGCCUGGUGGGUAAGGAGAAGGAUGCCAUGUUGGACAACAACAGAGAGUGCCAGGCCGCGCUGGAGGUGCUCCUGGUCAGCCCGCUGUACGGCUGCCGCUGUAAAAGAGGCAUGAAGAAGGAGCUGCAGUGUCUGCAGAACUACUGGACCAUCCACAUGGGACUCAUCGAAGGUGCAGAUGUGGACGACGCGUCUCCAUAUGAACCUGUUGCUCCGGUGCAGCCUUCAGAGGAGUUCCGAUUGGCCUCCAUCUCCUCGGGCAUGCUCACGGUGGCCCCUAAAGGCUCCUUCUGCCCCGAGGCCGACAGAACCUGUAACCCCUGUCUGAACGCCGCCAAAGACUGCAACCUCAACAGCAACUGUAAGAAGCACCGCUCAGCCUACAUCGCCACCUGUAGCAAGGAGGACCCCAAAGGAGACACAUGCAACAAGAAGCGCUGCCACAAAGCUCUGCGCGUGUUCCUGGACCGCGUCCCUGCCGAGUACAGCCACCGCCUGCUCUUCUGCCCUUGUCAGACAGAGGGCUGUGCUGAACGGCGCAGGCAGACCAUUGUGCCCGAUUGCUCCUACAAAGAGAAGGUCAAACCCAACUGUCUGGAGCUGCAACGGGUGUGUCGACUGGACUCUCUGUGCAGGUCACGGCUGGUGGAUUUUUACGUCAACUGCGCCGAGAUUCAACACACAGUGAGCAACUGCCCCAACCAGGGAAACCACCAAGCCUGUCUGGCCUCCUAUGCACGUCUCAUAGGGACAGAGAUGACUCCAAACUAUGUGAACAGCAGCUUCUCAAAUUGGAUCGUAUCUCCGGCCUGUACAUGCGACGGCAGUGGAAACCAGGAAGAGGAGUGUAUGAAGAUCCUACGCUACUUCACCCAUAACGCCUGUCUAAAGAAUGCCAUCCAGGCCUUCGGAUACGGGAUCGAGAACACAGCCAGUAAAAGCACGUCUGUCCCAGGACCCCAUGUGACUGUGAUGAGGUCAGAGCUGCCAGUGACACCCAGGACUGACGGCUACAUCAGCAAGUUUCCAGUUGAGUCCAGCCAUGACCCGAUGGAGCCCCCUGGUCUGCUGGAGGAUGGGGGUCCCUGUGUGCGUGCUGGUGCCUGGUUGGUGCUGUUGGCUCUGUUCCUGACCCAGCAUGCCUUAUAGAAGCACGACUAGAGAUGGGAGCGAAACAGGUCAUCCACCCACAAGCUGAUCCUGAGAGCUGAAGCUGUGAUUUCUGUUGAGUGCGAAAUGGCAUUCUGGAAAAAAAACAAGGACGGUGCAAAAAAAUCUAAUGCAAAAUAUAGGGAGACUUUGUGUUGUCUAUUUAAUGUAUUGUGAAGGCGGAACCAAACUGUCGGAGAGCUUUAAGAGAAGAGACACUUGGAUAUUCAUGCUCUCGCCCGUGGAAUAAAGCUGAACUUGUCAAAGACUUUUGUGCACCAAAGGAAAAGAAAAAUAUAUAUGAAGUUGUUGCAAAAAUACAACAGACAAUUGGGAGGGCGCUGGGUGAGAGACUCUUAUAUGUGACUUUUUUUGCUUUGAAUCUUGACCAAUCAGAGGACGGCAACAGGGGUGUGAUGACAUCAUUGUGUAAACUUGAAGCUGUACUCUUGCGUGUCAUAUGUGUUGCUAUAGUAACUGUGACCAUACUCCAUGCAGCCCGUUGAUUUGCUUCGCUAGCUGACUUUGACAAAACCUAAAAGGUGUCGUUACAAUUGUCAUUUGAGAUGUCGUUGUCAGGCCAUACGUCAGCGGUCACUAUGUAUAUAUAUUUCUUUCCAUCCUUAACCUAGAAGUAUUCACACUAAGUGGACAUCACCUGAGUGUAUUCGGUACCAACAUGCAACUCCUAUCUAUGUCUUGAGAAGGUUUGAUCACCACGAAUGUAAAACAGGGAUACAAUUAAAACAAUCUAUCAAAGCUGCUUGGAAAGCCAUAAACAGUGUAUGACUAUUGUACCGUGUUUUAAUGUUUUGAACAUGACAUUUACAUGAAGGAAAAUGGCCAGUAGGGGGAGUGUUGAGCCCCCUCAGAGUACACACGUUAUGAGGUAAUCACACAUCUCUUCUGUAGCCCUUGGUAGAAUAUAAUGAGGUUUAAAGUAUUUAAAAAUGAAUCUAAAGUGUGUGUGUAAUCUUGCAUAAUAAUGGCAUUUAGGCAAUCAGAAUUAAACAUUCACUUUGGCUUCACUCAGCGUUCCUAAGUUGUAUCCUGUAUUCAGUCUGACGGCUCACGGUUUGCUGCUGCCAUGUUCAACAAUAAAGAUGAGGGGUGACAAAA